AUGCCAUCAGCAGCGCGCUCGGCGGCUAAUCCGGAGGCGACCUGGUCGGGGCAUGACGGUUUGGGUGUGAUCGAGGCUUUGGCGCAAAGUAUGAGACAGAUUCAGGAGCUCCAAGUGAAGGCGCUUACCAAGGAGGAUGCAAGUGAUGACGCUCCUGAGGCCGUGAAGACUGCAAUGACAACUCUACCAGUGCUAGGGCUACCUGAAGGAGAUCAAGGUGGACUUCAGUUUCAGGACUGGAUGAUUCAGGUUACAACGUCGAUGCAGGAUCUCUCAGCAAGCUCUGGGUCGUGGUGGGAAGCAAUCAAGGAGACGGUGGUUCAGGCCUACAACCGCUGGUUGAGUGCUGCGCCCUUGGAGCGCCUCAGCAUUGAGCCAGGAGGUUCAACAAAUUUGGUGCUGGGAAAGUAUGUCCGCAUCAAUGCUAGGGCAUGUGCAAUGGUGGUGCAAGCGGUUCCAGAGUCUGUCAAGUCUGAUCUGAUUGCAAGACGAGCGACCCAAAGUAUGCCGCUGUUAUUGUUCAGGUUGUUUACAGUAUAUCAGCCUGGAGGAGCCGGAGAGCGUACAGUGAUUUUGCAGCGGUUGCAAGGAAGUGAUGUAGCUGCGAGCACAGAAGAGUGCCUACGACAACUCAGGGCAUGGCCACGCUGGGUUCAACGAUGCAAGGAUAUGGGCAUGGCAGUUCCAGACGGUACAGUAUUGGCGCGGGGUCUCACGACUCUUACUUCUUCCACAAUAACAAAGGUUCCCGACGCCAUGUUCCGAACGCAGUUGGUAAGGGCUACGUUGAGGAUAGAUCAGCAGCCGGCCCUGGAGGAUGUGAUGAAGUAUCAGCAGCACCUUCAAGCGGAAGUAGAAAACAUUGCUGGUUCGGUGGUUGUGGGCUCUCAGCCAAAGCUAAGGGCAGCGGCAGUGGGAGGAAGCCCUACUUCGGCGGCGAGCUCAAAGCCGGAAUGCAAGUACUUUAUGAAGCCAACAGGAUGUCGUCGCGGAGCCAAAUGCCCUUACUGUCACGAUAUGAACGCACUUCCGAAGGCUGAGCGGGCUAGGAAGUGCCUCACCUGUGGUGCAGAAGACCACCGGCAUCGCGAUUGCCCUACACGGAUUCCGAGACUGAAUCCGGCCAAAUCUCAACCCGGUGGUGAGUCGCCGAAGGGACGUGGCCGCGGAGGAGAACCUGAGUCGGAGACUUCUCCAAAGGGAGUUGCGAGUGUCGAGGUGGCGCAAGGGCAGGUUUUGUCGUGGGAGGCCAUUCUUCAAGCAGCGGCGCAGGUUGCAGGAUCCGCGCCUACGGAGCCAAAGGCGCCUUCUAUGCGGGUGUUGUCAAUCCGGGGUCCGGGUCCAGGUGAUGGAGAUGGAGCCUACGCUCUGGUGGAUUCUGGAGCAACUCACCCGCUGCGUAGGGCACGAUGCAAUGAGGAAUGGAAUCUGGCAAGUCCGGUGGUGGUACAUCUGGCAGGAGGAGAAGUGAUCGAGUUGCGCAUCAAUGAAGCGGGGACUUUGCUAGUUCCGAUGGCUGGCUCGACCCGAAGCUCUUCCACGGCACCGAUUGUACCUCUGGGAUCGCUAGUUGGGGUGCUUGGUUACAAGAUGGAGUGGUAUGGCUCGAGGUGCAGACUUACGGGUCGCGAAGGUGAUGUUCUAAAUCUAAGAGUCCGUGAUGGUUGUCCAGAGAUUACCGAGCGCCAGGCACUGGACCUGAUCUCUCGCAUCGAGGACAAGAAGCUCGAGGACCUCAGAAAUGCAACAACUCAGACCAGAAGUACUGUGAGGGCAGCGGCAAUGGCCUUGAACAAGUCGUGGUUUGAUCAUCUGAUCUCAUAUUGUCGGUCUGGGAUUGGAGCAGAGGCCCUUCGUGCAAUUCAGGAUGCGCCAUUCUUUCAGGAUCUACCCCGAGAAGCUCUUCAGGGACUAAGUGAAGCUGAUCCCAUAGACAACGGGUGGGAUGCUCUGAAAGGACUUCAGCACUUGAAUCGUAGAACAAGGAGAAGGUUGUGGCAGUCCAAGAAUUGGGUAGUGCAUCUGUUCGCUGGAAAGAAGCCAAACGAUGAGGUGAUGUUCUUGGAGAGACAAGGCUUUGUGGUUCUCGAGCUAGACUUGGAGCGAGGAAAAUCGCAUGACCUUUGCAACCCGUUGGUGUGGAGAGCUGUCGAGUGGGGUGCAAGAAAUGGGCGCGUUUGCUCAGUGAUUGGUGGUCCCCCGCAGUCAACCUUUAUGUUGAGGAGGUCGAUGGCCCAUGGACCCGAGGCACUAAGGAGCAAUGAUUACCCGUAUGGUGGAUGGUAUGGGCAGUCUACGAAGGACAUACAGCUGGUAAACAAGCACACCGGACUGUUUGCAAAGAUGAUAUACCUCCAUGCGCUUGCAACUGCUGGAAGAUGUGAAUAUCCUGGGGAACCAGGAGAUCUCAAGGAAGUGGGCUUUAUGCUUGAGCAGCCUCGGGAUCCAAGGAGAUACCUUCAACUUACGGACCCUUUAGCUGAGGACGCGGAUUUCUCCGAGGUGGUCUCCAUUGCAAUCCGAGAACAACGAGUACGCCCAAGGAUGCUGAAGAUGUCAGCGGAGCAAUGGAAGGAGCACGUAAGGAAGGGACACUUGCCUUUUCGAUCCGAUUGUAUGACCUGCGUGGCAGCCGGGGCUACUGGACGAAGACAUGCUCGGGUUGAGCAUCCCACUUGCUUCGUUCUGUCGGCAGAUGUGAGUGGACCUCUCAAAGUCCCGGGUUUGGACGCAGAUGCACGAGGUGCCUUCCCAAAGCCCCACAAGUAUAUGUUCGUGGCUAAGCUGAAGAUUCCAAGGACGUUUGUGGAUGAUGGGAGAGGCUCCGCUGUCGAGUAUGAUCCGGGUGAGUUGGAGGUUAGUGUGCCACCGGAGGAGGAUUCCUUCGACUAUGAGGACCCUGAGCCUGCUAGCGGAGUGGGAGCUGUUCCAGGAGGGCAAGAAGACGACGAAGCAGCUGAUGAAGAUAGCGGAGAAGAUCAGCCAAGGAAGCGCGGCGAACAUGACGAUGAACUGGACGUUACAGGCCCAGACACAGUGAACCUCCUGUUUGCUACGGCGCUUCAGGACAAUAAGGGUGCGACGGUCUUAGAGGCGAUCCAGGAUGUGGUUAUGUAUUGCUGGAGUUUGAACAUACCGAUUGUGCGCUUUCACUGUGAUCGUGGAAUGGAGUUCUAUGCCAAGGCGACGAGACAAUGGAUCAAAUACCACGGGAUGAGGUUUACUACCAGUGAAGGAGGUCUACACCAGCAGAAUGGUAUGGUUGAAAAUGCAGUGAGGUAUGUCAAGCAGCGGGCCAGAACUUUGCUAAUAGGAGCGAAGCUUCCGCAGAGACUAUGGCCACAAGCAGUUGGGAUGGCGGUGUCUAUGCAAAGGGCUUCGGUUCUGGGCAUGGAAACUCGUCUAGCUGCACCAUUUGGUGCCAAGGUGCUCGUGCGGAGGAGGGAGUAUGGUGGAGCCGCGGAGCCAGGGAAGCCUGAUGAUCUAGCGCCAAGAUGGUUGGAAGGUAGAUACCUGGGUCUUUCGGAAACAGUUCGUCGAGGUCACGUGGUGUAUUUGUCUGGGGAUGAUGGGGAAAAGUUUGUACAUACUGUGAAUGUGAGGGUAGGCCUUGAAGAUCAACCGGGGCCUGAACUGGAUGUGGAAGCUGAUCUACCUGGACCCCCUAGCAGGAGACUUCGUGGCAAGGCGAGUGGCAGUGGAGAUGUGGUUGCAGUCUCAAAGGCACAAGUGGUAGUUGGAAGCGAGGACCUGGAGAAAAGGGCCAGGAAAUUGCUGGAGGAUUGGUCGCAGGAGGAGGCUGAGGAGUUGAUGGUUCAGAUUGCUUUGAGUUUGAGUCCUGCGGAAAGGGUCUAUGGGGUUUUCCGACAUGGAGGGCGCGUGGGUUUGACCAAGGCAACCUAUGAUCGUCCGUGGAUAGCAAGAGUUUUCGUGAAGGCUUUGAGACAAAGGUGUCUGGAGGCUGAGUUUACGGCUUUGUACCUUUCUGUGAACACUACACGAGAAAUUCAUGUGGAUUGCAACAAUCUUACUGGAAUGCAGAACUAUGUCUACCCGAUUGCAAUGCCACCCCGAGGAGGAGAUCUGUGGAUGGAGCUUCGUGAUGGUGAUGUUGUUCAAGGAAAAAUAAUCGAGAUGAUGGACCAGAACAAGAAGCCUAGGUUUGGAUGCAUACAACCGCUUACAAGUGGAACUGUUAUCUCGUUCAAUCCUCAUCGUCGACAUGCGGUGUUGCCGUGGAAAGGCAUGAGGGUGGUGGUAGUUGGUUACACACCGGGAGUACCACAGAACCUCUCAGGACCAGAACGAGCAGUGCUGGCAGAGCUUGGUUUCCCAAUUCCAGCUGAGGUUGAAAUGACGUCGCCAAUGGUCGCUCUUCGGGUUUUUUCAGUGUCACAGAUAAAGUAUGAGAGCACUGUCCAGGAGGAGAAGGCCGUUGUGGAUGAGGAGAACAGUGUGUUGGUGUCGGAUGGCUCAACGCUCCAUGAGAGAGGUGUGGAAAGCCUUCAGGAUUGGGAUGAGAGCUGGCAAUGCCAAGUACAAGGGGCAGAGGAGUUAGAGCAUUGGGAUAUGUUUCUACCACUUGAGGAUGGUGACCCCAGGCAAGUUCCCAAAGUUCUGAUUGCUUCGUGUGAUGGAGUUCCAGUGCUGGCAAAGACGGAAGUCACUUAUACAGCUGGGAUUGAAGAACUUCUUCAUUCACUGAAGUCUCCGUUGACAGUGGUGCACAAUGUUGAUCCGUCCGAGGCAGCUUCUUCCUUUUCCGAGUGGGUCAAGCCAGCAAUGAAGGAGAUUUCUUCCUUUGACAAGGCUGCAAAGAAGGUUCGGGGCAGCGAUCCUCAAGUCGCUGCAGACCUGAAGAGCGGGAAAGCAAAGAUCGUUCCGAUGAAGAUGGUUUACACUGUGAAGCCACCGUCCGAAGAGGCUGUGAGUGAAGGCCAGUUGUACCGUCGCAAGGUCAGAAUCGUGGCGUGUGGUAACAUGAUGGCAGACAGUGGUGAAGAGACAUAUGCGGGAGCAGCUCCAGCGGAGGUGGUUCGGUCGUCGUUGUCGGUGGCUAGUAUGUAUGGAUGGGAUGCUGCUGUUCUUGACGUGACGGCUGCUUUUCUACAGACUCCGUUGAACGAGGUGCAGUGCAAACAAAGAAUCCUUGGGCAGCCUCCAAGGGCACUGGUUAGAGCUGGUCUUUGUCAUGAACAAGAAUUAUGGGAGUUCACUCAUGCUGUUUAUGGACUCCGCGAAUCACCGCGAUGGUGGGGUGAGUUCAGGGAUGCGAAGAUGGCUCAGCUCAACAUUGUGGUUGGAGCACGGAGAAUAAAGCUACUCCAGUGUCGAGUCGAAG